AGCAUGCGCAGCCACACCCACAACAAGAAUGGAGGAUGUUGACAUGGCUUUAAUAGAAUACCUGAGAUGUCAAGGCAAGAGCUACAAAGACAUCAGUGAACGCCUUCAAACAGCCUAUCCAAAUAAUCGUGGAUUUUCUGCUAGAAGUGUGAGGCGGUAUUGUGUUUUACAUGGAAUUAGUAAAUUGAGUGAUUCUGAGGUCGAUGACAUCAUUGGUGAUGCUGUUCGAGAGGUUGGAUGUAUAUAUGGAAGGCGAAUGAUGAAAGGUUAUUUGGAAUCCAAAUCAAUAUCAGUAGGAGAAUCAAAAGUGUCUCAAUCACUACAGCGUGUUGCUCCUAACCACUAUGCUAGUCGCCGAUCUAGAACAAUGGAUAGGACAAAUCCUAGGCCGUACUUUGCAAGAUGUUUUGGACAUAAACUUCAUUUAGAUCAAAACGAAAAAUUAAUCAAUUAUGGUGUAACACAUGUUAUUUCUGUCGAUGGAUAUUCUGGAAAAAUUGUUACCCAUAUCACUUCAGCUGUUAAAAAUAAUUUAAUUAUUUAUGACAGAGUUUGGAGGUCUGCUGUGCUCACAUAUGGGUUAUGGGAUCAACUACGCAUUGAUUGUGGUACUGAGUUCUAUUUAACUAUUUAUAUUCAGGCAAAUCUUCGGAGCAUUUAUGGACCACCCAAUAUACGUCCAUUUUGUCAGACUACUUCAACACAAAAUUUGUGUGUUGAAAGAAUAUGGCCUCACAUUAACUCCAGAGUGAACUAUCCUAUUAAGAGAAUUCUUCUCUGGAUGGAGGAACAUGGACACAUUGAUAUGACUUGUGAGGUUACGAGAUUCUGUGUGUCCUUCGUCACUAUUUGUGUAUCAGCUGUUGGUGUGAACAGAUUUGUUGCUGCAUGGAAUUAUCAUUAUAUAUCAG